GAACAAAGAAGAAAAGACAACCAGCAGGGUACAGAAAAUAAACAACAAGGUGGACAGCCAAAGCAACAACGAAAUCCAGCACAACUACAAAGGGGACAGGCACAACAACAAGGAGAAAAAGAUCAAAAUGUCAAAAAUAUCAGUGUGCAGCGCUCACAGCAAGGAAGGCAGAUGAAGCAGCAAAAAGGACAAGUGGGGGUUUCAGCAGUCAUGGGAAAAAAGAACAGUGGACAGACAUCCUGUACUGGCAUUGUUCGUGGCACACGUGGUACACCAGGUACUGUAGAAGUUAACUAUUUGAAAUUGUUACUUGAUAGUAUGCCCAACAAGGUCUAUCACUACGACAUUACAAUAACUCCUGUCCGUUCAAAACAAUUUGUAAGACUUGCUUUUCAGAAGUGUAAACAAAAAUAUUUCCAUGAUAUUGAGGCCGCUUUUGACGGAAAAAAGAGUUGCUAUACACCAAAACGUCUUUCUAGUCCAAUCAACGGCACAGUUAAGGUUUCAGACUCAAACAGCCGCACCAUAGAAUUCCAAGUGGAGAUAAAGGAAACCCUGGAUUGCGAGGUGGAUCUAAAUUCACUUCGGACAUACCACAAUGAUUCAGUGUCCGACAAACCAAUGAGGGCCUUGCAAGCAUUGUAUGUUAUUUUGUCUGAAAGUAAUCACGAAAAGGGCCUACGCGUCGGUCGAGCAUUUUUUUGCAAACCCAUAAAACCACACGAUUUAGGGGAUGGUUACGAAGCUUGGACUGGUUUGUUUGAGGCUGUAAUUUUAGGCGAUCAGCCCUUCCUAAAUGUCGACAUCACCCACAAAUCAUUUCCUAGUGAGUCUAGCCUGAUCGAUUACUUGAAAAAUCAGAAAAUCGGAUUAGACCGAGAUUUAAGGGAGAACAAACAAGUACAGAGUUAUCUUAGAGGCAUUAAUAUUGUGUAUCAACCACCAGAAUCAUUUAAAAGUUUUGCCAGGAAAUACAAAGUAUUGAAAAUAGGGAAUUCUGCUUCCCAGCUACAUUUCUUAAAUGGUGAUGGUCUACAAAUGACGGUUGCUGAAUACUUUAAAUCUCGGGGAUACUCACUUAAGUAUCCGAAUUUAAGUUGUGUUGAAGUCGGUUCGACGGCUCAUUCGAUAUAUUUGCCAAUGGAACUAUGUAAGAUUGCAGGGGGCCAGGUCUUGAACCGUAAAGACGAAUCAACACAAGUACGGAACAUGAUACGUUUUGCUGCAACUUCUACUAAUGUUCGCAAGAGAAAAAUCAUGGAUAUGCUGCAGCAUUUCAAUCUUAAUGCCAGCAAAAUCGUCCAAUCAUUUGGUAUUAAAAUUGAUUUGAAUUUUAUUAAAGUGCCAAUUCGAGUUUUACCAAGCCCGAUUAUCGAAUAUUUGAACGGUCAAACUGUUAAUGUAAAACGCGGUGGUUGGAUGAUGGACAAGCAACAAUUCUUGAUUUGUACUAAACCGCAAGCAGGCAAGCAGGUUGGACACAAAUGGGCAAUAAUAUAUCAAUCAGGAAUUGAAUACAUACAUCUGGAUAAUUUUAAGAAAUCUGUCUUAAAAAAGGCAAAGGAUUUAAACAUGCAUCUUGAAAAUGCGGCUGAAAUUAUGAAAUAUACGGAUAUUUAUAGCACUCUUCUGAAUCUGGCUAAGAGUGACUAUGCUUUAGUCUUUGUUGUCUUAGGCAGAACCGCUUAUUACCAUAUUAAGCAGGUUGCUGAUUUAAAAGUAGGAGUUUUAACGCAGUGCAUACAAGACAAAACUGUUAAAAAAAUUGCGCAAUCUCCAGCAAUUAUCUCGAACCUCCUUUUGGGGGUAAACGGAAAGCUUAACGGAACCAACCACAAGAUAUUACUGAACAAUGCUGAUGACAUGAAAGAGUUAAUGGCUCCCAUUAAAAAUGUGAUGUUCAUGGGUGCUGAUGUGACGCAUCCCUCUCCCGAUCAGCCCCACAUUCCUAGCGUAGUGGGAGUUACGGCUUCACACGAUCGAAUUGGAGCAUGCUAUAACAUGCAAUACAGAUUGCAACAAUCUACUAAGGAAGACAUUGAAGAUAUGGAGUCGAUCACGAAUCGGCAUUUGGAGUUCUAUUUCCAGUUUAUGAAAACGUAUCCUACUCAUAUUAUCUACUAUAGAGAUGGCGUCUCGGAUGGUCAAUUUCCCAUUAUACAGAGGGUUGAAUUGAGUGCAAUACAGAGGGCUUGUCGAAAAAAGGGAUGUGAUACAAAAUUGACCUGCAUCAUCGCAGUUAAGCGGCAUCACACUCGAUUCUUCCCAAUGAAGCAACAGCGCGAUGAACGCGACUUAAAUAAUGUUGAACCUGGUACUGUUGUCGACCAGAUGAUAACACACCCUAGAGAAGUUCAAUUUUUUAUGGUUAGUCACCAAUCGAUUCAAAGCACCGCCAAACCAACUCGCUAUAAUGUUAUUUUAAAUGAAUCGAACUUCGAUAUUGAUCUCUUGCAACAAUUAACCUAUAAUUUGUGUCAUUUAUUCCCACGUUGCAACCGAUCUGUUUCCUAUCCGGCUCCAGUUUAUCUGGCGCAUGUGGCCGCAUUUCGUGCUCGGGUUUAUUUAGAAGGGUGA